AUGUAAAUAUUACCACCAGCAGAGAAGGUGUUGCAUUUUUAAGAAACUAAGAGCUGGUUCAAUUCUAGACAUUCAUCUAAAGUAAAAGAGAAAUAUAGAAAAACCGAGAAGGAAUUAUUUGAUGAUGAAAUAGUUACAGAAACAUUUCGUUUGAUUGAUAGAGAUCACUCAAGUAAAUGAUAAAAAUAUUAUGUAAAGACACUAUUGAAAUGGAUGAACUAUAUUCAAUGUUAAAAAAAAACAAUUAUCCUGUGAAUUUACGAUUAUUAAAGGACUUUUUCGAAAUGACUGAUAGAGAUGGGAAUAGUACAUAGUAUAAUAGUAAUUUAAGAAUGCAUUGAUUUGGAGGAGUUCAAAUAGGUGAUUAAGGAUGAAGGAACUUCUUAAAGUAAUAAUAAAGUGAUUAGUUUGAAUAGCAUUUAGAACAUUGAUGAGAAAAAUGAGAGAGAUAGGAGAUGAGAAUUAUUAUUCAACUGAUUUUGUAAAUUUAUUAAGAUAUUUGUCUUAUUGUGCAAAUAGAACAGAUUUGAUAUGGCAAAUAAAAGUACUUAUUCACUUUUAUAAUUAUAUCAACAAUAAAGAAUACACGUCUAUCAUUCGAAUAAAGAUCUAAGUUAGUAUCAGAGUUAUUAAAAGUGAAUCAGUAAUUUACAAAGAUAUCAAAUCCUAAAGAAGAAUAAAGAUGUACAUUGAGACCAUUUAUGAGUAAAAAGGGAUAAGGAGAGAUUAAAUAUCUUACACCAAUAAAUAAAAAGCCUCGUAUUCUAACAAAUAUGUCAACUAAAACAAGGAUAAGUACGAGUAAUUAGAAUUCAAUAUUAUCUUUCGAUAUAAAUAGUAUAUCAUCUCCAAGAUUGUCUCCUUUAAAGACAGAGAGGUAUGCAUUCAAAAAGAAAAUGAGUUUAACUACAACUCCAUCAACUAAAUCAACUUUAUAUUCAACUCAGUCCAUUUAGAAGAUUAACAAUAAGUUUUGAUCUUAUUUAUAUAUAUAUUAUAUCUAUUAAGUGUCUAAAGAAAUGAAAAUUUAUUAUUAAAAUAAUAGUUAUUAUUUAUCUAUAUAGAUGUAACACUUUGUAACAGGUAUAUUUCAAUCUUUUAGUAUGUGUGGUCUUAGAAAUAGGCUUGUUCAUAUGCUUGCCUUUCGACCUCCUUAAGCAACAUAUGAACUUAGAUUAAGAGAGUCAAAAAAAUAAAAAGUCAAUAAAAAAAAAAGAUAUUAUUCUUUUGAUGACAGUGGAUAUUUCAAUCAACAAAAUAAUUCUGAAUAAUAGUUGCCUCUUACUAAUGAUUAAUAGUGUUUGAAUAAAAAAAGAAAGAAUGUCAGAAACCCUGAGUAAUUUUAGAAUUUAUGUGAAGAUAAUAUCCAGAAUAUGAUUUCAUUAAAAUACCGAAUAGGAAGAUUCAUCAAAAAGAAGAAAUAAUAGUGAGAUCAGAUACAUGCAAAGUAACAUCUUAUUUUCUAAACUAAAAUAAUAAUUAAUAAAUAGCAUCAGUUCAUUUAGAUAGAAAUAGUGAUUAUGUAAUGUUAUUUAGUCAUGGAAAUGCUUGUGAUUUAGGAACUAUGAUAGAUAAAUUAAUUAGUAAUAUUAUUAUUUUAUUAGAACUUGUCAAUUACACUAAGACUAAUGUUUUUGCAUAUGAAUAUAGUGGAUAUGGUCAAAGUGAAGGGAAAAGUAAUGAUAUAAGCAUUAUUCGUAAUAUUCAAGUUGCAUAUAACUUUUUGGUUCAUUAAUUAGGAUAUAAACCUACCUAAAUCAUUGUUUAUGGUUAUAGCAUUGGUUCAGGUCCUAGUAUAACUUUGUCAUCUAAUCCUUAAUUUCCUAUUGGUGGAUUGAUUAUCGAAAGUGGAUUUAGUUCUGGCUUAAGAGUCAUUAGUAAUAAAAUUGAAGAUACUCCUUAUUAUGAUUUAUUUCCAAAUAUUGAUAGGAUCUAACUUAUUCGAUGUCCAAUCUUCAUUAUGCAUGGGGCAAAUGAUAAAAUCAUCUCCACUGAACAUGCCAAAUAAUUAGCACAUAGAUCAAAUAAUUUAUAUGAUUUAUGGAUUCCAGAAAAUGUUGGUCAUUGUGGAAUUGACACUGAUAUUUAAUAUCGCAAAAGCUAUUUCUAAAAAUUAAGAGAAUUUAUUGACUGUAUUAAUAAUAUACUUAUUAUUUAUAGAUGUAACUUUUUAAAAUGAAAAUAUUCCAGAUUUAAUAUCGAAGAAUACUGCAAAAUCACAUCAAGCUACAAUCUAUAAACAUUAUUAUUAAACUAAAUUAGUUUGA